CCCAGCGAUCGAUAUUCCUCCUUCCUUCCUUCCUUCCUCGUGAAGGCGUCGAGUGAGUCCUGCGUUCUUGCUCUCCUCUGCUAGGCACUUGUCACAGGAAGGCCCCCUCGUGUUCGCGUCCUCUUGCCUUCACACCCGGGACGGGAGUUCCUUGCUAGGGGGAGAGCUUCCCUUGCUCGUGUCCUCACUCACGCACUCACAGACUCACUCAUUCACCGACGGUCCCAGUGGACUGAGGUGAGACUUCGGUCGGAGCCGGCCGGACGGAACAUACAGGAUGGCCGCCGCGCCGCCGCCCAAGGCCGACGAGCUCCAGCCGUUCCCGCCCAAGGAGCAGCUGCCCGGCGUCGCCUUCUGCAUCACCAGCCCCCCGCCAUGGCCGGAGGCCAUCUUGCUAGGGUUCCAGCAUUUCGUCGUCAUGCUGGGCACCACCGUCAUCAUACCCAGCGCGCUCGUUCCUCAGAUGGGAGGCGGAAAUGAAGAGAAGGCUCGGGUGGUUCAGACCAUACUGUUCGUUGCUGGCAUAAACACCCUGUUCCAGACGUUAUUCGGGACGCGCCUUCCGGUCGUGAUGGGCGGCUCGUACGUCUUCGUCGGGCCGACCAUCUCGAUCGUCUUGGCUGGACGGUACAGCAACGAAGCAGACCCUCACGAGAAAUUCCUGCGGACGAUGAGGGGGACGCAGGGCGCUCUCCUCGUUGCGUCGACGAUUCAGAUCAUACUUGGGUUCAGUGGCCUCUGGCGCAACGUUGUCAAAUUACUGAGUCCGCUGGCAGCUGUUCCUCUGGUAUCACUGGUCGGGUUCGGGCUCUACGAGCUUGGCUUUCCAGGGGUAGCGAAAUGCGUCGAAGUUGGCCUCCCAGAACUGCUCCUGUUGGUUGUGUUUUCUCAGUAUCUGCCUCAGGUUCUGGACUUCGGCAAGUCCGUCUUCAGCCGGUUCAGCGUUCUCUUCACCGUCGCCAUCGUGUGGCUGUACGCCUACAUCCUCACCAUCGGCGGCGCUUACAAGAACUCUCCGCCCAAGACGCAGGUGCAUUGCCGCGUUGAUCGGUCGGGCCUUAUUUCAGGAGCACCUUGGAUAAGUGUUCCCUAUCCCUUUCAGUGGGGUGCUCCGACGUUUGACGCCGGAGAAGCUUUCGCUAUGAUGAUGACUUCGUUCAUUGCUCUUGUAGAGUCAACUGGCGCCUUCAUCGGUGCUUCGAGAUAUGCGAGUGCAACUAUGAUUCCUCCAUCGAUUAUCAGUCGGGGCGUGGGAUGGCAGGGCAUUGGUCUGUUGCUCGAUUCAUUUUUCGGGACAGCGAACGGGACAUCGGUUUCAGUAGAGAAUAUUGGACUGCUUGCGUUGACACGCAUUGGCAGCCGGAGAGUGGUGCAGAUAUCUGCAGGCUUCAUGAUUUUCUUCUCUGUCCUUGGAAAAUUUGGAGCUUUGUUUGCGUCGAUUCCGCUGCCCGUAUUUGCCGGCAUGUACUGUCUCUUCUUCGCAUAUGUUGGUGGCGUUGGCCUGAGCCUCCUUCAGUUCUGCAACCUAAACAGCUUUAGGACCAAGUUCAUCAUGGGGUUCGCUUUCUUCAUGGGCCUAUCGGUUCCUCAGUACUUCAACGAGUACACAGCCGUUGCAAGCUAUGGUCCGGUGCACACUGGCGCCAGAUGGUUCAAUGACAUGAUCAACGUGCCAUUCACGUCGAAGCCGUUCGUCGCUGGGUUGGUAGCCUAUAUCCUGGACAACACCCUCCAGGUAAAGGAGAGCGCGGUGCGGAAGGACAGGGGCAACCACUGGUGGGAGAAGUUCAGGAGCUUCAAGAAAGACGCGAGGAGCCAAGAGUUCUACUCGCUGCCGUUCAAUCUGAACAAGUUCUUCCCGUCGGUCUGAUCUCAAAUGGCGCCGCCGCUGAAUCAAUUCUGGAAGCAACCCUUGUUCAUAUGGGCGUUAAUGAGGAACAUAAUUCUGCUGGUCUGGCCAGUGGAAGCUUCUGUGUCUCCAUUGUUGGUCAAUUUUGUGUGUUUUCGGACGAGAUGGGAGUAAUUGAACUGUAGAAAUUAUUACGAUUGAAGUAUAUCGCGUUCUUUUUGUAAUCUACAUG